UCCACGGACAUGUCGACGAUAAAGAUCACGCCCAAGAUCCUGCAGGAGCUGCUGCACUAUUACAACCUGUCUCGUCAGGAGUUCAUUCACACCUACAAUAUCGGGCCCCUGGUGUACGUCCCCGAGCUGCCGGCCGGGGCCAAGGCCGUGUUCGUCAUCAUGUACAUGCUGAUCUUUGUGCUGGCACUGGUGGGGAACAGCCUGGUGGUGUGUGUGGUGGUGAGGAAGGGCUCGAGCCAGAGCGCCACCAGCAUCUUCAUCUGCUCUCUGGCCAUCAGCGAUCUCCUCAUCACCUUCUUCUGCAUCCCGUUCACUCUCCUGCAGAACAUCUCAGCCCAGUGGCUCGGAGGUGUGUUUGUGUGUAAGACGGUCCCGUUCGUCCAGACCACAGCGAUCGUGACAGGGAUCCUCACCAUGACGUGUAUCGCGGUGGAAAGGUACCAGGGCAUCGUCCAUCCUCUGAAAAUGAAGAGACAGUACACACCACAGCGGGCCUACAGGAUGCUGGGCUUGGUGUGGCUGAUCUCGGUCAUGGUGGGGUCGCCCAUGCUCUUCGUCCAGCAGUUGGAGGUGAAAUAUGACUUCCUGUAUGAGAAUCAUCACGUCUGCUGUCAGGAGCUGUGGAGCUCAGAUCUUCAGAGGAAGACGUACACCACCUUCAUCAUGGUGGCGCUGUUCGUGCUGCCUCUGGCCGCCAUGUUGUUCCUCUACACACGCAUCAGCAUCGAGCUGUGGAUACGCAAGAGGGUGGGGGACGCCUCCGUGCUCCACACCAUCAGCCACACCCAGAUCAACAAGAUCUGCAGGAAGAAGAAACGUGCAGUGAAGAUGAUGAUCACCAUUGUGCUGCUGUUCACCAUCUGCUGGGCUCCGUUCCACACCGUCCACAUGCUGUUCGAGUACAACAAUCUGGAGCAAAAGUCCGAUGAGGUGACCCUGAACAUGCUCGUGGCCGUGGUUCAGGCCAUCGGUUUCUCCAACUCCUUCAACAACCCCAUCGUUUACGCCUUCAUGAACGAGAGCUUUAAGAAGAGCUGCGUCUCGGCCGUGUCCUCGUUCCUGCGCAAGACUAGAGUGCACGAGGUCAGAGUUCACUUCACCAAACCUCGUCCCGCCGACAGCACUAACGCUCACACCAACAUCUCGGACCUCCAUGAGCAGACCACGUGAACAUUACACUCAGUGUGGGAGGGCUGAUCACUGGGGAUGUGAUACAGCAACCUUGUCCAUCACUGCUGUUAAUCUGUUCCAUCCAGGAGGAGGCUGCCUACGUAGGGCACAUCUCCCUGAAGCCCUGAGAUAAAUAUACU